CUCUGCGAAGAAGUUCGGGGGAGUCUCGUCUCGACCUCCAAUCAGAAUAGCUAGUCGCAGCACUGACAGUUAAUAUAAAACCGCAAGACAUCUCUCUAGCUUGCCUGAAUCACACAAUGAUAUGGGACUAAUAAAAAUGGGAGCGGAGGUUGAGUCUCUUGCAGGAUUCCUUGGCGCUGUGAAGUAAACUGGAUUGUCCAGGCGAGCCAACUAUCUAAAUUCCUAUUUGAUGGUCAAGAGCAUGAUGGCGUCUCUCCUGUGUGUUAGUCUGUGGAUGCUCCUGGCUGUCCAUGGCCAGGCUGGAGCCGUGAAGAACUGCCACCCGGGUUGCCACUGUGAGGUGGAGAGCUUCGGCCUGUUCGACAGCUUCAGCCUGACCAGGGUGGACUGCAGGGGAGUGGGCCCUAGCACCAACCCCAUCUCCAUCCCCCUGGACACGGCCCACCUGGACCUGUCCUCCAACUCCAUGUCCCUGCUGACCGACAACAUGCUCUCUGGGCCUGGCUAUACCACCUUGGUCAGCCUGGACCUCAGCAACAACCUUAUCUCCAUGGUCAGUCCCAGGGCCUUGUCCAGGCUGCGCUACCUGGAGUCUCUGGACCUCAGCCACAACUCGUUGGAGGGCCUGGACGAGGGCUGCUUCUCUGGCCUCCCCCUGGCCGAGGUGGACCUCAGCCACAACCACUUCCGAGAGUUUGAUCUGGACAUGUUCAUCACUAAAGAUCACGGAGAGCCAAUCAGCGUGGAUCUGUCCCACAACCGGCUGACAGUGGUCUCCUGGAGUUCUUCUAGGAGCCCCUUACUACAUGUCCAGAGCCUGACUCUAGCAGCCAACCAGCUGAGGGACGUGCCCAAGCUAAAAGGCAUCCUGCUGAGGGACCUAAGCCUGGAUGGGAACAGUAUCUCCCGCAUUGAGGAGGGUGCUUUUGAGGACCUCAAGGACCUUGUUUACCUGUCCCUCAGUGGGCUUCCUGAGCUCUUUAACAUCCAGCCCAACUGUUUCAGAGGCCUACAGAACCUUCAGCUCUUGGACCUGUCCAACAAUGCCAAGCUAAAAACACUGAGCCCAGCUGUGUUCAGUGGACUUGUGUCUCUACAGGAGCUCAAUCUGUCCAACUCUGGAGUAACGUCAUUGCCAAAUAACAUGCUAAGUCACUUGCCAAUCAUCAAGAGUAUUACCCUGGGCCAGAAUAUCCAUUGUUGGAGGGCUCAAAAGCAGGGCCAGUUUCACAGGCAGCUCGGACAGGAACAGAAACAUGAGGUGCUAACCUGUGACAUUGAAGGGGUUAUCUCGUGAUUGUGUUCGGAUCGUUGCCUUCAGUAUGGACAUCUAGCUAACACAUUAGUGCUCAAACUGUGCCUUAUAUCACUAUAUGCAAAGAACACUUUUUGUUAUUACCGCCAAUCAGGAUAAUUACUAUUUGUUUAAAUUCAAAAAUGUGUAUUUUGCUUUUAUUCCAAAGGCCUGAGGUAUUUAUAUUAAUCCACUGUACUAUCACGUCAUGCUUGCUAUGCAUAAAGCAUGUCUUUCAACUACAGUAACAAGCUAGCAAUAGCAUUGAUGGAUAUUAUAUUAAAACCAUUUUGUUUUUUAGGGAUC